AGCAACAAGAUCCUCUAUAUAGAACCAACCUGAAGCUCACUACCAGUUGCAAGUAGCUCUCGAAUUCUCUUUCUAUCUCUAGCAAUGGCGCUUAGGGUGCGCUCUCUCAUUCUUCUCUGCCUCUUCGCGAUCGCUUCCGCCAAGGUCUUCUUCGAAGAACGCUUCGAUGAUGGAUGGGAAAAUCGGUGGGUAAAAUCUGAAUGGAAGAAGGAUGAGAGUUUGGCUGGGGAGUGGAACUACACCUCUGGUCAAUGGAAUGGAGAUGCCAAUGACAAAGGUAUUCAAACAAGCGAAGAUUAUAGAUUCUAUGCUAUCUCUGCUGAGUUCCCUGAAUUCAGCAACAAGGAUAACACACUAGUGUUCCAAUUUUCUGUCAAGCAUGAGCAGAAGCUUGACUGUGGUGGUGGUUACAUGAAGUUGCUUAGCGACGAUGUUGAUCAGAAGAAAUUUGGUGGAGAUACUCCUUACAGUAUCAUGUUUGGCCCAGAUAUCUGUGGUUACACUACCAAGAAAGUACACGCUAUUCUGACCUACAAUGGGACAAACCACUUGAUUAAGAAGGAUGUUCCUUGUGAGACUGAUCAACUUACUCAUGUUUACACAUUCAUCCUCCGUCCAGAUGCUACCUACAGCAUCUUGAUUGAUAAUGUGGAGAAGCAAACUGGUAGUCUCUACUCUGAUUGGAGUCUUCUCCCACCAAAGAAAAUCAAGGAUCCUGAGGCCAAGAAGCCAGAAGACUGGGAUGACAAAGAGUACAUUCCUGAUCCUGAAGAUAAGAAACCAGAGGGGUAUGAUGACAUCCCAGAAUCGAUCCCAGAUACUGAUGCCAAGAAGCCUGAAGAUUGGGAUGAUGAUGAAGAUGGUGAGUGGACAGCACCUACCAUUGCCAACCCUGAGUACAAGGGCCCAUGGACGCCAAAGAAAAUUAAGAACCCUAACUACCAAGGAAAGUGGAAGGCACCAACAAUUGACAACCCAGAUUUCAAGGACGACCCUGAUCUCUAUGUUUACCCCAAAUUGAAGUAUGUUGGCAUUGAAUUGUGGCAGGUCAAAUCUGGUACCUUGUUCGACAAUGUCUUAAUUACUGAUGACCCUGAAUAUGCUAAGCAAGUGGCUGAAGAAACAUGGGGCAAGCAGAAGGAUGCUGAGAAAGCAGCAUUUGAAGAGGCCGAGAAGAAGAGAGAAGAGGAGGAAUCUAAGGAAGAUCCAGCUGACUCUGAUGCCGAAGAUGAGGAAGAUACCGAUGAAGCUAGCCAUGACUCAGAUGAUGCUGAGUCAAAGACGGAAGCUGGGGAAGACAGUGCUGAUGCCAAUGAAGAGGAUGUACAUGAUGAGCUCUAGAGAGUUUGAAAAGCGGAUACCGGAGUGAGCGAAAGUCAUAUUCCGGACUCUUUUUUUACUGUAGUGAUUUUUUUUCUCCUAGAUAAGUAAGCAGUUGAAAUCUGUAAGCAAGAAUUCGAGCUUUUGCUUCAUUUCAUUCGACUGUUUUCAGUUUAUUAGAACAGACAAAAAUGUCACUUUUGAAUUGAUCUUUUUUAGCGUUUUGAUCAAUCGAGUUUUCAACUAUGAA